AUGACUCUUACUAUUUCGACUGAGGAGGGUAUCCCGCCUGAAGAUACCUGGAAUAUGGACGAGACUGGAUUCCGUAUUGGGACUGGAAAGAACCAGCUUAUUGUCACUAAAAGGAAGAGGGCUCAUGAUUUCGGCGUACCCGAAAAUAGGGAGUCUGCUACUAUGAUUGAGAGCAUCUCUGUAGGAGGGCGUGUGAUUCCUGCCUUCCUCAUCUUUUCUGGACAGAUGCAUGUGGCUAGGUGGUAUGGCGUGCCUGGCCUGGAUGACAAUGCUGCCAUCAGGCCAAAUCCUAGUGGCUAUUCUAACGAUGAGAUAAGUCUCGAGUGGCUUGAGCACUCCAAUAAGUGGUCGGUUCAGGGCUCCCUGGGUAACAAGCAGGCUGGUCAUCAAUUCCACCUCAACCUCAACCCCUUCAAUAUUAUUGAAAUUGAAGUCACGUGCAUCAAUUCAACCAACUCAACCCAGCCAUCUAGUUGA